ACAAGUUCGAUGACACGCGUCGCACCGGUAGUGCUAGUGCUGUGGUGUUUAACUGGCUUUCUAAGUGGCUGGUAGUCGGCCGACACGGUGGAAUGUGUACCACCACGGUAACAUGGUACGAAGAAAAGAAGGAGGCGAAUCAGACGAUGGAGAAGGACGUGGAACCGCUUCCACUGCCAGUACGAACCUCGGCCAGCCAACGGAUAAUAUGGCGAAAUGUGAUUGGUAUCAUUGUGCUUCAUUUCCUCGCCGUUUACGGUUUCGUGAGCGGUUAUCGAGAUGCCAAGCUUUGGACGUGGAUUUGGAGUUUUGCGUACGGUGUCGUGGCUGGUUUGGGAAUAACGGCAGGAGCUCAUCGCCUGUGGGCGCAUAAAAGUUAUUCCGCCAAGAUUCCUCUGCGAAUAUUUCUUGCUUACUUAUAUUGCAUGGCUGGUCAGACGCAUUUUUAUAAAUGGAUACGAGAUCACAGGACGCAUCACAGAUACACAGAAACAAAUGCAGACCCACACGACGCGACCCGUGGAUUUUUCUUCUCUCAUAUCGGCUGGCUGAUGGUUAAAAGGCAUCCAGCCGUGAAAGAAUACGGCAGUAAAAUCGAUAUGAGCGACAUCACUGCGGAUCCUGUAAUAAAAUUCUUCGACAAGUAUUACGAGGUCAUCAUGGUUUCGCUGUGCUUCGUACUGCCGAUAUUGUUGCCGGUGUUCGCGUGGAGCGAAACGUGGUUCAUAAGUGUUCAUGCGAUGCUCAUUCGCUACGUCUGGUCGUUGCACGCCACUUUUAUCGUGAACAGUUUCGCCCACAUGUGGGGAAAUCGACCGUAUAACAGGAGGGUCAAGCCAACGGAAAAUCCAACCGUUUCUUUCUUCGCGCUGGGUGAAGGUUGGCAUAAUUACCAUCAUUCUUUCCCGUGGGAUUACAAGGCUGCGGAACUGGGCGCAUAUGGCCUGAAUCCUACCACCGGUUUUAUAGAGCUGAUGGCGCGCUUAGGCUUGGCGUACAAUUUAAAAACACCGAAGAAAGAGCUGGUCGAUCGAACGACACUGAAGAAGGGCGAUGGAACGGACAGCCUUUGGGGACAUCGGAGACACUGAGAGGAUUUCGUAUCGGGAGCGAUAUAGCCAGGUCGUAAAACGAAGCGUUAAAAUAAGGUCACUAGUUGAUCUAAUUGCAGCUAGGGUUAUGUGCAUUUUGUAUGCACGCUGGCACUUACGUACAUCAGCUUUCUGAAAUUUCUGACAGUACAAUGAUAAGUCAUAAAAUUGAUAGAAGUCAGAAUUUUGUAAAAUUCGAACUGAUCCUGAGUCGACAUAGUAUAAUCCUGGACGAAACUCUGGGUAAUUGCCUAUGUCCUUCAAAUUACGUAUUUCAAUUGUGUUAUAUAUUUUACUGACCGAUUUUGCGAUCUCACUAUAUCGCGUCCAUUUACUAUACAUAUUAAUUUUUUUUAUAUGACUGCAGAAGAAAAAACAGCAGCCUCGAAUACCAAAUAUUAUUUUUAUAAAGCAAAAAUGUGGGAUGGAAA